UUCAACCGCCUCAACUCAACUCGGCUAGAAAUUCUUAGUUUGCCUAAAUUAGAGUCGGUGUUUCGGUCUAACUGCAACGGACGUCUAAAAGAGUUUAUUCUUAAUGUACAACUCUGUAACUCAAAGGAUUUGAAUGAACUCAGCGUUAAACUCGUCGAUUAAGUGAAAGAGGAAAUGGUUCCUCUUCCAACUGCAUCACUAGUGUUGGCUCUGCUGGUUUUCAGCUUCAGUGUUUCUGCUGGUCACACAAUCAUCACAGCUGAACCAGGAGACAACGUCAUUCUGACAUGUAGAGCAGCUGAAAUCAAAGAUGUUAUAGCUGUAAAGUGGAGCAGAACUGAUCUGGGGUCAGAUUAUUAUGUUCUUCUGUACAGGGACAAGAAGGUUGAUCCAGAGCAUCAGUCUCCAUCCUUUAGUAACCGGGUGCAUCUGCUGGAUGUGAAGAAUGGAGACGUGUCUUUGGUUCUGAAGAACGUGACGACUGAUGAUAGAGGAACAUAUGAGUGUCGAGUCGUUCAGAGAGGAAAGAAUCGCAGGAAGAUUCAAGACACCGACCCCAUCAGCAUCAUUAACCUGAGAGUUGAAGCAGGUCAGAGAAUCAUCCCAGCUGAACCAGGAGACAACGUCACUCUGCCAUGUAGAGCACCUGAGAACAAAGAUGUUAUAGUUGUAGAGUGGAGCAGAACUGAUCUGGGAUCAGAUCAUUAUGUUCUUCUGUACAAUAACAGUCAUUUUGAUCCAGAGGCCCAGUCUCCAUCCUUUAGGAACCGGGUGUCUCUGCUGGGCGUGAAGAAUAGAGACGUGUCUUUGGUUCUGAAGAACGUGACGACUGAUGAUACAGGAACAUAUGAGUGUCGAGUCGUUCAGGGAGGAAAGAAUCGCAGGAAGAUUCAAGACACCGACCCCAUCAGCAUCAUAAACCUGAGCUUUGGAUCAGGUGAGUCUGUCUGUGGAUCAGAAGCUCCUGCAGCUUCCUGGUUGUUGAUGGAAGAGAGAAACAGAUCAGAUGUUAGAUGAUGGAGAUGGACAGAAAGACUUCAAUGAAUCCUGGUUUUCAUUUCUGACAGAACCAUCCUAGAACUGAACAAUUUGACAGUUUUCUUCCAGAAAGUCCAACAGAAAUGUAGAACGUCAUCCAGCUGCUUUGAUUUAGUUCAAGAAGGAUCAGAUGCUGCUUUGCUGCUGCUGCUAAAAUCAUCUAUUAUUACAGUUCUACUGAUGUGCUCUAAGACAUUUAUUUAUUAUUGAAGACAUAGAAACAAAUGUGGAGAAUCAGAAGAUAAAUGAGGGCUGGCAGUGACUCUGUUUAAAAUCAGUCUCCAUGUCAUUCCAGUCAUUUACCAAUCAGCUGAUUUCAGGUAAAGAUGCUGAAAUCAAUGCAGAAUAAAGUCUAUUUCAGUCCCCAGUAGUCAGACAUCAGAUAUGUAGAGCAGCAUCAUGUGAUCUGCUCCUGGCCAGCACCAAGAUGGACUCCUGGCUUUCAGAGAACAGCUUCUGGAUCAGAGGAUUGUUGCUGUUCUGGAGCAGAACAGCAACAAUCCUCCAGAACUUUCCUCAGGAUCCUGUUAAAGGUGGAGAAAGAUUUCUACCAUCAAGCUGUUUAGUCACUUUAAGCAACAUGACAAGCUGCAGAGCUGCACUACAAGGUCACCUUCAAGAACUGCUGCUAUGGUCUGCUGCUGUCUACAACAUU